GACCUCAUGCACAGGAACACUUCCAAUCACUCUCUGAUUUUCAAACUUCAUAUGUAUAUCUCUCAUAUAGUUGAGAGUCAAGUAGUAAGUGUUUGUUGGGUGUUAUUGUUGUCUGCGGUUCAGAAUUUGAAGCACCAACAAAGGGCUGGUGGUAGUAAGAACAGAUAUGCACAUAAUAGUACUGUAUUUGCUGUAGAAAUAGUCUGUCCUUUGUCCAGUCAGUCCCACCAGUCUAGUCCUUAGCAAAAAAACUGUCUGUCCUUCAUCUGUUUCUCCUACUAAUUCCCCAGUAGUAAUUUCUACUACUAUUAAUCUGGUCACUAUUCAACAGUGGUGUGUAAUAUCACAAGAAUCAAUUUUAUGCCCAGCAAAUUGGUUUUUUCAGAAUCAGUAUUAAAAAUUGAACUAGACUCCUGUAUGUUCAAAAAUUAAAAUAGUGGUAUUUUUGACAAAGUUAUAACCACUUGAAGGUUGGGUAGUAGUAUUACAAAUAUUAUGAAGUAGUAAAAAUGAAGUGAAAAAGAUUCUCUAGUGAAAUUUUUCUUAAUGGUACCCUUUUGUGAAAUUUUUCUUAAUGGUACCCUUUUGGGUCCAAAUUACAAUGUGCAAUUUUUAACAGUAUUAAUUUUACAGUGCUCUACACAUCAAACAAUAGUCUUAAUUCUGACCAGCACCUGCUGCAAGCUGUCAAUAUUAAAAAAGAAACUAUUUUAUAUCAAUUUUGAGGAGUCGCUGAUACAGAGGAGGAGGCUAUGAGGCUAUGGGCGGGGAGGCCCACUGAUACCAAGGAUGCUACCAACCGGCCAGUAUGGAGUAGGUUCUGAUAUGGAGGAUGCAGAUAUGGAGGAGCUACUGAUACAGAGGAGAUGCUGAUAAGGAGGAGCUAGUCUACUGAUAUGGAGGAUGCUGAUACUACGGACUAGGAGCUAGUACUAGUACUGAUACGGAGGAUAUUGAUACAGAGGAUGAUGCUGAUAUGGAGGACACUGAUAUGGAGGGAGCUUGCUGAUAUGGGGGACCCUUUCUGAUACAGACGGUUGGUGCUAUGGAGGAGACUCGCUAAUACUGAUGAUGCUUGCUGAUACAGAGGCUCACUGAUAUGGAGGCUGAUUUGGAUGACGCUUGCUGCUGGUGUUUCCUCUUGUAAACCACUGGUUCGAUCAAUCCACAACUUCCAGAUCCUUGAGCCCUUAAUGUAAGGAUUAGAAAACUUGUCUUGGGAGUACAAUUGGUUGGAUAUUGAUGAAGAACUAAAGAGGCGACAGCUUGCUACUACCAUGCUGGUGGAGGUUGCUGGUGCUGUGUUACUAAUGGUGAGUUUUUUAAAUUUUCGGUGCGCAGAGAAAUCAACAAGCUCGAAAAGUUUCUCUAGCAAGAAACCCAUACAAUAUGCACAUUUAUCAAAAGACAAGAGAAAACGCUUUCCAACUGAUGGAUUCUCUAAUUCUGAUUKGUGCUAUCCUAGCUUUAACAAACAAGCAAAGACAGCUAAAAACUAGUGCGUUUCAUUGUUCUCAUAACCUGUUUGAAAUCAAUAGUCUUAUUUCGAACUCAAACAAGUACAGAGGAUGGAAUAUGAGUUCGGAUGCGUCGCGCACGCACCCCUCUAAUUGUCACCCCUGCAUUCAACCACAUCUGAGUCUACCGCAUGGUACUUCUACGAAGUAAUUUUUCAAUUUUUCUUCACACAAUUAGUCUGUUUUAAAUCUCAACAUUGCGAAUUGGAGUCAGUGCCAUAGAACAGACAUUUCGAACCAUGCAAACCUUCUAUUCUCUUCUGCUAUUCUCAAAGCCAAGACCAGUGGUUGUAUUAUUUCUUGCGGCAUCGGUUGUAGUGGAUUCCUUCGCUCCCGCAACGAUACGUUCUGGUGUUCUGCAACACCACCGAACCAAAAAUGCGAGCGCGAAGACAGAGAGGGGCACACUUCUCUUCGCUGAAUCUCCGCAGUAUCAGAAGCAGGAAGGAAUAUUGAGGCGAUCAGAAUGUGUGGGCAAAGGGAGCUACCUACUAUACAUCGAUUGCGUUGAUGACGACACAAAUGGAUACAAACCAGGGCAUGUUCUAGCGCUUGAAAUCCAACCUCCCGCUGUGGAUGGUUGCGACGAUGUCGAGGUGUCUGAAACCAUGACCAUGAACGAAAAAACAAGAAAAGACAUGGAAGCGAACGAGGGUUGGAUGCGGGGGCCGUAUACGGUAAGUCGUGGGUACGGCACCAGCUCCGAGAUAAAUGGCAAGGCAAAAAAUGACGGCUUUCAGGUCUUGGUCAAGGAAGUAGGUUACAAGUCCCACGUCUUUUCGACCUGCCCUGAGGGAACUCCCGUUCGCUACGGUGGCAAGUUCAAGGUUCCAAUUGCGGAGGGAAUCUUGGAAGCCGCGGAAACAAACGACAGUGAAGAUCGUGGGGCAACAAAGCGGGUGAUUAUGGUCUCGACUGGGGUUGGGGUGGGGCCUUGUCUAGGCGCUUCCGAGAUAUUGGUGAACAUGCUGACCUCUUCCGACGCAAAGGAAUCCACAAUUCAUUCCAUUAAUCUAGUGACGAGUUUCCGAACCCGAGAGGAAAUCGCCAUGGCUUCGGAUUUGGACAAAUUGCAGCAACAGCAACAAGGUAGAAACCCUGAAUUUCACUGGGAAUCUAUCAUCACUGGAGAAACUGGACGGCUUUCAGCGAGUGGCCCAGAAUGCUUGCUAGAUCAAUACGUAAGUCCUGCCAUAAGUACUGGUUCCGCCAUUCGAAACACACAUUACCAUAUCAUUGGAAACGGGCAACUUGUCAAUGAAUGGACUGCCGGUCUGGAACAAGCAGGGGUUCCCCCUUCGAGGGUCACCACCGAAGCCUACUUUAAUCACAAGGGCGAAGCAGACCCCGUUGCCGUAAAUGCGAUCUGCCAGGCGAUCCUCAGAUUAGAUCGGGAUGCAGAGUCGAAAGAGGUGGAAACUGCAGUAGAACAGGCAGCAAGAGAUGCAUAGGCGUAGGACCGACAGAAAAACAAUCUAGCUCCCUGCAGAGCCUGAAGCAUUAAUCAUUCAU